AUGGCUCAUCUAUCUAGCGCACCACAUGUCACAUCUCAACCACAACAAUAUGAUAUUCAGAGUAAUUUUGCUAUGUUUUCUGGUGAACGUUUACUUUAUCAUUGCGAAGAGAAAACAGGAUGCUGUCAGCUUGGUGAUGCUUAUUAUACAAGUCUAACUGAUAUUCGUUAUGUAUCACGCGUAGAAUUAUGUAUUUUUUGUGGUUGUUGUUGUGACAGACCUUAUAAUGAUACGUCUAUAUAUUUACGGGAUGUUGCUGAAGUACGCGAAGUACGAGAUAAUUGUUGCUCUUGCGAAUUCUUUACAAACGGAUGUUGGACAUGUUGUUGUUGUUGUUGUUUGACGACAAAGCGUCUUCAAUUACGUGGAUCAUUUGGUUCACAUAUGGUUUAUAUGGGUUACAAAGAUACAUCAGAAUUUGAAACUGUGAUUGCAGAAGCCGUAGCUCAACAUAAACUUCCUAGUCGAAAAUAA